GCUCCACGGCCGCGGGUGUGAGGGGCGGGCCCAAGCCUCGGCCCGCGCCGCCCCAUGUGACCCGGUCUGACAUGGUGUCGCCUCCUCCCGGGGCGGCGGCGGCGGCGGCGGCGGUUCGCGCUCGGCUGCGCGUCGGGCCGGCCCCGCGGCCGCUCAUGGGCAGCCUGGGCCGCUUGGGACCCUCCGGGAACAGCGGACCGGGCGAGGGCGAGGGCGAGGGCGAGGGCGGGGAGGCGAGGAAACUGCAGGAAGGGAGGGUCGCGAGGGGGAAGCGAAGGAAGGGGAAGGGGAAGGGAAAAGCGGGAGCAGGGCAAGGCGGAAGAGGAAGCGGGGCGGAAGGAAAGCCGGAGCCGCAAAAGGCGAAGGAGGCAGCGGGGCAGGGGGCCGAGGCGGGAGCGAGGGCUGGCCCGGGGGAGGAAAGAGAGGGAGGCGGAAGCGUGGAGGAAGGGGCGAGAAAGAUCGUAAGGGGAGCUGAGGAGAGCGCAGGGGCGGGGAAGGAGGCCAAAGGAAGAGAUGAUGGGAAGAAGGAGGCAUGGAGGGUCAGGACUGGGCGGCGGGAGGACGCAAGGCCGGGGAGAGCACAGGGACGAAGGAGUCAGGCUUGGGGCCGCAUCGCCGGGACAGGGGCGGCCAUGGCGGCGGCGGCCCAGGAGGCGGCGGCGGCUCGGGAGCCGGCCGGCCGUCCCGCUGCGGGGCCCGCGCUCUGGCUCCUGCCGGAGGAGCUGCUGCUGCUCAUCUGUUCCUACCUGGACAUGCAGGCCCUCGGCCGCCUGGCUCAGGUGUGCCGCUGGCUGCGGCGCUUCACCAGCUGCGACCUGCUCUGGCGCCGGAUAGCCCGGGCCUCGCUCAACUCCGGCUUCACGCGGCUCGGCACCGACCUGAUGGCCAGUGUACCAGUGAAGGAACGGGUGAAGGUGUCUCAGAACUGGAGGUUGGGGCACUGCCGAGAGGGGAUUCUGCUGAAGUGGAGAUGCAGUCAGAUGCCAUGGAUGCAGCUAGAGGGUGAUUCUUUGUACAUAUCCCAGGCUAAUUUCAUCCUGGCCUAUCAGUUCCGCCCAGAUGGUGCCAGCUUGAACCGGAGGCCCCUGGGAGUCUUUGCAGGGCAUGAUGAGGACGUUUGCCAUUUCGUGCUGGCCAACUCGCAUAUUAUCAGUGCAGGAGGAGAUGGGAAGAUUGGCGUUCAUAAGAUUCAUAGCACCUUCACUGUCAAGUACUCGGCUCAUGAACAGGAGGUGAACUGUGUGGAUUGCAAAGGGGGCAUCAUUGUGAGUGGCUCCAGGGACAGGACGGCCAAGGUAUGGCCUUUGGCCUCAGGCCGGCUGGGGCAGUGCUUACACACCAUCCAGACUGAAGACCGAGUCUGGUCAAUUGCUAUCAGCCCAUUGCUCAGCUCUUUCGUGACAGGGACGGCUUGCUGUGGGCACUUCUCACCCCUAAGAAUCUGGGACCUCAACAGUGGGCAGCUGAUGACACACCUUGGCAGUGACUUUCCCCCAGGGGCUGGGGUGCUGGAUGUCAUGUAUGAGUCCCCUUCCACACUCCUGUCCUGUGGCUACGACACCUAUGUUCGCUAUUGGGACCUCCGUGCCAGUGUCCGGAAGUGUGUCAUGGAGUGGGAGGAGCCCCACGACAGCACCCUGUACUGCUUGCAGACAGAUGGGAACCACCUGCUGGCCACUGGUUCCUCCUACUAUGGCGUUGUGCGACUGUGGGACCGGCGCCAAAGGGCCUGCCUACAUGCCUUCCCACUGACAUCGACGCCCCUCAGCAGUCCUGUGUACUGCCUACGCUUCACCACCAGGCAUCUCUAUGCUGCGCUGUCUUAUAACCUCCACGUCCUGGACUUUCAAAACCCGUGACAGUCAGGGCCACCCCAGCCUGUGGGCCAGGGAAGCCAGCUACUCAGGGACCUCUCCUGCCUGGAGGGUGCAGUGAUACCUCCCCCUCCAACUCCCCCACUGUGCCUGUGCUGCUAGACCUGUGACCACAGUACUCAGGCACUGUAAGAUAAAGGCUGGACUCCUGGGGAUUUGGGGUUAUCCAGAGGCGCAGUCCCUCCCAGGAACCAGUUGGAGAGAAGGGACCUGGGAGAGCGCAGUUGAACCCAGCUAGGGCUUGCUUCCCUGUUGGCCAGAGCAAGGAUCUGGCCUGGAGAGACCCACCCUGCACCCCACCCCUUCUUAGAGCCGCGACAGCUUAGUGAGGUGAGGUGGUACAGCCUUCCCAAUUGGUCUCUUUCUGCCCCUUCCCUGGAAGGAGGGGUGAGGCUGUCAAUCAAUACCCCUGGCUGGCACCGGCCCCCACCUCCUCAGUCAGACCUCACCCUUGACCAAGCUCUUGGGGCUGGGGACUCAUUCUUGGGGCACUGUGGCCUGGUCUCACUUUGAAACCAAGAAAGGACGAAGGGAACCCCACAGUUUUGAGUGAGUUCUAAGCCAGCCCAAUCUUAGGCCGGCUGUUGAGACAUGCUACAAUGUUCAUUUUUGUAAAAAUAAAGCUUGAUUGUUCACA